AUGCCCCUCCGAAGGGCCCCCAACUCCACCCAAACGCUCUUCAGCAAAAUGACAAGCAAACUCUUCCUCAACAUAACGCAAGGCCGCGGCGACGUCCUCACCUUCCCACACACAGUCAUGCCACAGUACGGGUCCCACGUCUCCGUCGAUGAAGUCGGGACCUACGGCUGUCGCACGUGCGUAUGUGUUUACUUUCCUCUCAGCGAGGGCAGAUGCUUCGUUGCGCAUGUGGAUGCUCAUAUGGAGAUGAGCUUGGGGAGUCCGUCGGGAUCUGGUGCGUUUCUCUGUAAUGGUGUGGCGGCGGGGGAUGCGCUUAAGGAUGAGGUUAAGGAGAAGCUGGCCGCGGCUCUUCAUGGUCAUCAUGAAAGUCUUCAGAAUCCGGAAAACAAGGCGAAGGCGAUCGUCAUCUGCCCCUACCAAAAGAUCGAAGGCCAACCCAGCACGGGAUCCUACAUGGUCGACGCAGUUUGUGACUUCUUCAGCCUAGACAAAGCCACCAUGAAAACGCAAGAUGCGCAUGGUUUCAUCGUCAAACCCGUCUCCGGCGAUGUCCAGCUCUUGCGCUGGGGUGGGGACGGCAAGGCGAGAGCUUCAGACGGAGACUUUGAUUCCAAGGAUCUGAGUGGGAAUUUUCCGGAGGAGGUGCCGGGCAAGUAUGGAUGGGCAGGUCUGGAUCAUACUAACGAGAGAGAGUGGAGUGCGUUGUGGUCGAGGGGGAGGUGGGUGCGGGUUGAUCCGGCGAAAGCGAUUGGGCCUGGGCCUGGGCCUGGGCCUGGGUGCUGA